CCACAAAGGCAGGGCCUCUUGGGAGCCAAGAGGGGCGGGGAGAGACACACACAGAGGAGAGGAGACUAACGGCCAGAGACAUAGGAGCUGAGAGAGGGAAGCUGGGAGAGACGGGGCCCAGGGCCCAGCAAUCUGUACCAAGGGCAGGGGGCUGGUCAGGGCCGAGCCCACCCUCCAACCCCAGACAUCCCAACAUCUGCGACCUUGCGUGCUGAUAGCCAGGCCUGAUGCAGGCAGCCUGGCUCCUCGGGGCCCUGGUGGUUCCCCAGCUCUUGGGCUUUGGUCAUGGGGCUCGGGGAGCCCAGAGGGAGUGGGGGGGAGGUUGGGGAGGCGCUCAGGAGGAGGAGCGGGAGAGGGAGGCCCUGAUGCUGAAGCAUUUGCAGGAAGCCCUGGGGCUACAGAAUGGGAGGGGAAAUGAGACUUCUGCUGCAACCCCUGAAGACGAAGAGGCCUGGAAGACAGAGGGGUAUCCGGAGGAGGAAGAGGAGUUGGAAAGGGAGAAGGAAGCACCGCCAACUCCCUCCCCCAGCCCCAGCCCUUCUCCUACUCCUGAGGACACAGUCACUUACAUCUUGGGUCGUCUGGCAGGCCUGGACGCGGGCCUGCACCAGCUGCACGUCCGUCUGCACUCGUUGGACACCCGCGUGGUCGAGCUGACCCGGGGGCUGCGGGAGGCGGCAGGCGACACUCGCGAUGCUGUGCAAGCCCUGCAGGAGGCGCAAAGCCGCGCCGAACGCGAGCACGGUCGCUUGGAAGGCUGCUUGAAGGGGCUUCGCCUUGGCCACAAAUGCUUCCUUCUCUCGCGCGACUUCGAGGCUCAGGCGGCUGCGCAGGCGCGGUGUGUGGCGCGGGGCGGGAGCCUGGCGCAGCCCGCAGACCGCCAGCAAAUGGAAGCGCUGACUCGCUACCUGCGCGCGACUCUCGCUCCGUACAACUGGCCCGUGUGGCUGGGGGGGCAAGUGGGGCGGGGGGUCCACGACCGGCGCGCCGAGGGCCUCUACCUCUUCGAGAACGGCCAGCGCGUGUCAUUCUUCGCCUGGCACCGCGCUCCCCGCCCCGAGCCAGGUACCCGGCCAAGCCCCGCGCCGCACCCGCUCAGCCCUGACCAGCCCAACGGCGGCGCGCUGGAGAACUGCGUGGCGCAGGCCUCGGACGACGGCUCCUGGUGGGACCACGACUGCGAGCGGCGCCUCUACUACGUCUGCGAGUUCCCCUUCUAGCGGGGCUGGACUCCCGCCUCUCCCAUCCCGUCGCCGGGCCUUCGCCUGCGUCGUGCGCCUCGGAGAACGCCCUUCUCUCUCUGCGGGUGGCUGGAAGUGGGAGUCCACCCGACUCCCACCCUGGCCGGGCGCUCCGGGGAGGGCUCUUGCGGAGCCGGGACCCCGUCCGUGCCGGUGGCUUUCCUUGAAGUGGCGGUCACCAGGCGAGGUCCGGCGCCAAUAAAGCCUUGUGGAAACUGA